UUGGAAAAACUAAUAAAAGCUGAACACAAAGAGCCAAAAAAGGUAGCUCAUUUUCUCACAAAUUCCAUGUUCUUCAGAAAUGAAAAAAGACAAGUGCAAAAACAGUAAGGACAAAAACUACUCCCACGCCAUUUUCGACAAACGUAGCCAUGAAGAAACUCUUUCAAAACCUGACACAACAACACAUAUCCUCCACCUCUUUCUCUUUUUAAUUUAACCCCAGAAAUCCCAAUUCCUCAUUCAUUUUCCUCUCUCUUUUUCCUUCUUUAACAGCAACUUGAAAAAAAGCAAGAAUCUUGUUUUCUCAGUAAAGAAAGCGAGUGUUGUGAGGAUUUGUUUUGGUCUUUUUUUUUGUGGGGUUUUGAUGAUUUGAGUAAACAAUGAAAGGAACUUUUGGUUCUUCCUCUAUUUGGAGCUCCCACCCUUUUACUUCCCUUGACUAGAACUCACAACCUUAGGGUUGAGGUGAGGGGUGUUUACAAUCCGAACAAGUCCCUCUUUUUUUUUUUUCCAUUCAACCACUUUGAGGUAUGUGAGUUUUUUUUUUUUGUUGGGGAAACCAAUAACUCCUUGUUGUGAUUCAGUUUUGUGACAAUGUUACAAGAUGAUGGUUCUUCAUCUGUGACCUCAUCAUCACCUAUUCAAAUAUUUCCAAUGAUGUCUGUAUCACCUAGCUUUGGUUCAUCAAGUCAGUGGCUUAAGGAGCUGAAAUCUGAAGAAAGAGGGUUGUAUUUGAUACAUCUUUUGCUUGCUUGUGCUAAUCAUGUUGCUGCUGGUAGCCUUGAGAAUGCUAAUAUAGCACUUGACCAUAUUUCCCAACUUGCAUCUCCUAGUGGAGAUACUAUGCAAAGGAUUGCUUCAUAUUUUACUGAGGCUAUAGCUGAUAGGAUUCUCAGGAGUUGGCCUGGUCUUUAUAAGGCGUUGCGUUCGACUAAGUUAUCGGUUGUCUCAGAAGAAAUUCUUGUUAGGAAGAUGUUUUUCGAGAUCUUUCCGUUCUUGAAGGUUGCGUUUGUGGUCACAAAUCAAGCUAUAAUUGAAGCUAUGGAAGGUGAGAAGAUGGUUCAUAUUGUCGAUCUUAAUGCUGCUGAACCUCUGCAAUGGCGUGCGUUGCUUCAGGACUUGAGUGCGCGUCCUGAAGGACCGCCCCAUUUGCGCAUUACUGGGGUUCAUCAGCAAAAAGAGGUGUUAGAUCAAAUGGCACAUGUGCUUACUCAAGAAGCAGAAAAACUGGAUAUCCCUUUUCAGUUCAAUCAAGUAGUUAGCAGAUUGGAAGAUCUUGAUGUUGAGAAACUUCGCGUGAAAACGGGGGAGGCUCUUGGGAUUAGUUCAGUUAUGCAAUUGCACACCCUUCUUGCCCAUGAUAAUGAAAAGAGGUCUCCCUUGCCUUUUAAGCAUUCAAAUGGUGUUAACUUGCACAGGGCACUAGUCAACCAAAAUACUUUAGGGGAAUUUCUUGAAAAAGAUAUGGCAAAUGGUUGCAGUCCAAGCAAUGACACAGCUUCUUCGUCCCCGCUAUGUUCAACUGGUUCAACAAAGAUGGAUAGUUUCCUCAAUGCUUUGUGGGGUUUAUCACCAAAAGUCAUGGUGGUAACAGAACAAGAUUCUAACCAUAAUGGGACAACUCUUAUGGAGAGGCUAUCGGAGUCGUUACAUUUUUAUGCUGCAUUAUUCGAUUGUCUUGAAUCGACAUUGCCAAGAACAUCAUUAGAGAGAUUAAAGGUGGAAAAGAUGUUAUUAGGUGAGGAGAUUAGAAACAUUAUAGCAUGUGAAGGGAUCGAACGAAAGGAGAGGCAUGAAAAGCUCGAAAAGUGGUUCCAAAGAUUCGACACAUCUGGUUUUGGGAAUGUGCCUUUGAGUUAUUAUGCUAUGUUGCAGGCAAGAAGGUUGUUGCAGAGUUACAGUUGUGAAGGAUACAAGAUCAAAGAAGAGAAUGGUUGCGUGGUGAUAUGUUGGCAGGAUCGAGCACUUUUCUCAGUGUCGUCUUGGCGAUGUAGGAAGUGAGACUAAACUUAGUUUUCAUUGUAAUGUUUUAGAUUUAUCUCUUCCUUUUGUUGUUGUAACAUAAUGUGUAGAACUCCAGUUAGUGAGACAUUUUGUUGUCAUCUUUUUUGAUCUCAUGUGAUAAGUUUCUCAAUAGUGUUUAGAUUUCCAUUUUGAUAUGGAUCAAUAAAGAUGAUGUUCUCUAAAAGUUUCUUGUAUGAA